UCUUGUCCAUGGUUUGUGAGUUUGUGUUUAUAAAAUGUUUUUCUUUCUGUUCUAGGUACUACAUGAAAGAGUCCAGAGGGAGCAGACGGUGGUUGAUAUUCUUGGAGGGCGGCUGGUACUGCUUCAACAAAGAGAACUGUGACAGCCGAUACGACACCAUGAGGAGACUGAUGAGCUCGUCCAAGUGGCCUCAAACCAAAACAGGCACAGGGAUCCUGUCUCCACUCCCAGAGGAAAACCCUCACUGGUGGAACGCCAACAUGGUGUUCAUCCCCUACUGCUCUAGUGAUGUGUGGAGUGGUGCCUCAGCCAAGACAGACCACAGUGGCUACGCCUUCAUGGGGUCUCUGAUCAUUCAGGAGGUCGUGAAGGAUCUGCUGACCAAGGGGCUUGACAACGCCAAGGUUCUACUACUGGCUGGCAGCAGUGCGGGAGGGACGGGGGUCCUGUUGAACGUGGACCCUGUGGCUGAGCUGCUGGAGGGGCUGGGGCACCCUGGGAUCCAGGUGAGGGGUCUGGCUGACUCGGGCUGGUUCCUGGACAACAAGCAGUACCGAUCUACUGACUGUCACGACACCAUCAGCUGUGCCCCCACGGAGGCCAUCAAGAGAGGCAUCAAGUACUGGGGCAGCGUUGUGCCAGAGAGGUGUAGACAGGUCCACCGGGAGGAGUGGAACUGUUUCUUUGGCUACAGAGUGUUCCCCUCCAUAAAGAGCCCAGUGUUCGUGGUCCAGUGGUUGUUCGACGAGGCCCAGCUGACCGUGGACAACAUCCAUCUGACCGGUCAGCCCGUCCAGGAGGGGCAGUGGCGGUACAUCCAGAACCUAGGCAUCGAGCUGAGGAACACGCUCAAAGAUGUCCCGGCCAUGUUUGCUCCAGCUUGCCUCUCACAUGAAGUCAUCACAAGGAAUUACUGGAUCGACGUUCAGGUCAAAGGCACCUCCCUUCCCCGAGCCCUGCACUGCUGGGACCGCAGUCUCCAAGACAACAGCCGGAACAACAAGGCCCCGCCCAAGGGCUGCCCCGUCCAUUUGAUUGACAGCUGCCCCUGGCCACACUGCAACCCCACCUGCCCCACCAUCCGGGACCAGUUCACGGGCCAGGAGAUGAACGUGAUCCAGUUCCUCAUGCACAUGGGCUUUGACGUGCAGAAGAUGGCCCAGCAGCAGGGAAUGGACCCCAGCAAGCUACUGGGGAUGCUGAGCAGCGGGAGCUAAGGAGACACAGGAGUAAAGUCUUAGUACAGUAGACUAAACCAGGUGGCUAUGGGGCCAAAUCCUAACUUUGAGAUCCCAGAAUUUUUUUUUUUUUAAAUACUUGUUUUAAUCUCCGGUUGACAUCAAUGUUUGAUUUAAAGGGAUAGUUCACUUUUGGGGGAGUGGGGGGAUUUUAGCUUAUUUUUAACUUGAAGUAUCCUUUUAAGCAAAAGACUUGAGUUUUGUGUGGAUCUCAAGGUAGGAUUCGACACCAAGUCUGGUCCCCACAUCUGAUACCUCCAGCUCUGCUCCCCAUGUUCCCUGUCCCCAUCCCAUUCACCUCAGCCCUAACCUCAGUCACACCUAAGGGCUACAGUCUGACCCCUGACCCCUCACCCCCAACCCACCCGACAGAGCCUCUCACAACCCAGUACUAUUAGGAGUACUAGGGCAAACACUCCACAUAGACAAGGCACACCUCUCUGCUACUCUCCUUAAAUUAUCUUUUGGUUGGGAAAGAAAAAGAAUAAUCACGAAUGUAAUCCAGUUUUAAGGAUGCUCAUUGUUUAGUUGCUAUUUGCUCUGUUUGUUUUUUUGUUUUUUACCUUAACUUUUAUCCUGUGUCGGUUGUUUUUAAUUGUGUCAUUGUUAAAAAGGCAGCAAUGACUUAAGGAAGUGUUUUAAAGGAGUCUAUGUAAAAUAUAUGAAGUAAACACAAUGCUUAAGUCUGUCUAACUGUGGGUCUCUUCUACCAUAGCAUUUUCUCCUCAAGUCAAGAACAGGCGCAUACACACAUUAAAGGUGUGGAAAGCACUGGACAAGUAGUCCUUCUCUAAGGAGGAGGCAGUGACUGCUUCCCAAAUGCCACCCUAUUCCCUAUAUAGUGCACUACUUUUGACCAGGCACUAGGGUGGCACUAGGGUGCCAUUUGGGAUGCAACAAUAACAUGGAAAUAACUGUGGAUUAUUCAGUGAGGUGAAACGUUCAGAAUGUUACAGAUAGAAAUGGAACGAAUAGAUCAGACACGAUUCCCAAUAUUAACUUGCCAGAUAUCACAUCUACACAACACAUAUCUAUCUGAACGUUCUGUAACCCUUGCACCCUCCUGAACAGGGUCAGUAUUUACCCCCGUCUCAUCUCCAAAGCAGUGGAGGGUUGGGAAAAGAGUGGAAAGAGAGAGGCAGGAUGAGAAAGGAAGAAUGCAGCAACCCAGCUCUCACCGCUGAUCAUCACCACAGCACACUGUAACAACAACUGCAUCAGACUGUUCUUAAUGUGAUGCUAGGCAACACAUGAAACAAAUCACCAGCUGGCUGACAGUUUGUUACUCCAUGGCUUGAUGCGGUAUCAUAAAGGCAUAACGGCUGCAACCCGGAAUUGACCAGUCAGAUUGCGAGACCGGAAUGAACCUUUAUAUAAUGAGCAAUACACGUUCAGGUUCAUUUGAAAACCGCAGGAAUUGUAUGAGGACCAAUGAGAACUUAGAUACAACCACCAAAGGUAGUGAUUGGGUGUCACCUAUUGGCAAUUGGAGGAACAUCAUGAAAGUUCAACCAAAGGUUUCUCACGGGGCUUCCAACUAAAGAAAUUAUGAUUCAGAUGGUUGUGGUACAGAAGAGUCCAUUAUACCGGUAACUACAGUCCUUACCUUGACACAGGUAGACAUGGUUCAGAUCCUAAAGGUAUUGAACACAGAAACAGAAUUCUAGAGGAAUUCU